GAAUCAAAAGAAAAAAAGAAUCUCGGAUCCCUCUGUUUGUCACUACUAAGAAGGCUAGGUGCUUGUUGCGCGUGUUUCGUAACAAGAGCCUUGCAAAUUACACAGAGCGAGACAAGUCAGAAUUCGUGAGCGCUAGCUAGCUAAAUCUAAUCACAGUCUCAAAAGUAUGCGAGGGGAGUUGACGCAGGAGACGGCGGUGGAAGCUCCGGCGAGCGCGGUGUGGGAGGCGUACCGCGGGCUUGAGCUGGCAAGGCUGGUCACUGAGCUGAUGCCGGACACCAUCGGCCACGCCCAAGUCCUUGAAGGCGACGGCGGCGUUGGCACCCUCGUCAACCUCACUUUCCCACCGGGGACUGCUGGGGCGGGAUACGUGAAGGAGGUAUUCACGGUGGCGGACGACGAGAAGCGGGUGAAGGAGACCGAGACAGUCGAGGGCGGCCUACUCGCUCUGGGCUUCGACUCGCUCCGCGUCCGCCUCGAAAUCGUGGAGACAGGUGCCGAGUCCAGCGCCAUCAAGUCCACGCUCCUCUACGAGGUGGACGACGCCAAACCUGAGCUUCUCGCCUAUCUCUCCACCGACCUGUUGGAACGCAUGGCCAAAGGGAUAGCCAACCAUGUCGUCCAGAAUUACAACAACAGGAAGAAGAAAUCGCCAUCCCUCUCUCCAUCUGAAUGAUUCCCGAUUUGUGGUGUUUAUGUUGCCGUUUCUUCGAUGUGAUCAUGUGUGUUUGGAGUAAUAAUUAAUGAAGAUGAGGUAUGGGUC